AUGACGGUGCCCAACGAUCUCCCGCGUUUCCCAUGCUGGGUGCAAGCCACCUUCUCCUGGGGCGGAGAGACCAAGAAGGACCUGGGCUUCAUUGAGGGCGACUUGAUCGAAGCGCUGAAUGCUGGCGAUGGCGCAUGGUGGAUGGGAAGACUGCGACGGGACCCCAGAGCUGUCGGUCUGUUUCCUUCGAAUUUCGUCAAAGUACUCGACGCAUCGUUCCAACCCGCGCCCAAUAGUCGCAAUGCGACGCCGACGAAGCUACCUCGACCUCAACACGAUUCUUCGAACAGGAGUAGAUCACUAUUCAGGAAACCAUACCAGGCGUAUGAAGAGUAUGGAAAGCGCGACAGCUUGGAUAGCGUCAAGGGCAAAGAGGGGACACCGGAGAGCGAUUUGGAGAAGUCCAAGAAAGAGAAGAGCAAGUUCAGGCCAUAUUCUAGCAUGAAGACCGCGCAGGCGCCGACUGGGACGAUUAAGAAACAUGCUUCAGGUGCACCUAUCAUUCCUCAGGAUAAUGCGCCGCGGAUACCAGCUCCACCGCCGAGAGGUGGCACUCGUCGAGCACGCAGUCCGCAACCGCCUAGAGCUCCUCAAUCGGCGUCACCCACGCCCACGCCUGGCUAUGUCCCUUACAGAGCACCUUCGCCGCAGCCGUCAUACGCACCUUCACCAGCACCUUCACGGCCGCGAUCUCCUUUGCCAUCGACGUACCACGAUGGUUCAGCGUAUCCUCAGAUGCUACCAAUCUCUCGACAGCCAUCACCUAAUCCCUACGAUCAGCCGCAAUACAACUCCAGACCUCCUUCACGAGCGGACUUCGACGAUGAUUUGGGAUCAUCACCUCCCCCUCCACCGCCUGCUCAUCGAGUGCCUUAUCAAGUCAGCCGGGCGCCUUCACCGCAGCCAGACGAACCCAUGCAUCCUGGCUAUGGGAGAAGCCCAACCGUGACUCCCGUCCCUCCCUCACCGAAUGGAAGCCACAUGACGCCGUCACCGUUACGAAAUGCUAUGAACGACGUGAUGACAUCGCUCGAAGACAUGAGCGCGUUGCAGUCCUCUCCACCGCCUCCUCCGCCACCACGAUCCAAGACACCUUCGAAUGUCUGGUCGCCCGACGGGUUCGAGGGUGUCAGAGACCUGUCCCGUGCACAAUCUGCUAUGGGAUUUGCGCAACCGGACCGGGCACAGUCUUCGCUCGGCUUCGGUGCCCAGGAUCCGUUUGGUAUUCCGCGAACCAAGACGCCUUCUUUGCCAUCGUCGAGAGACGGACCUCUCAGAGUUGAUAGUUACGUCCAACGAAUGGAGCACCAGCUACGACAGAUGCCGUCUUUCUCAGAUCAACCACCCCAGCCGCCACUCAAGGGAACACAGUACUCAGCUCGACCGACAACAUCCAGCAGCCAAUCUAGCAGUGGUUCCAGUAAUCAUCCUCAGUCCGCACAAGCUCAACUACCACAACUUCGACAUCGAAAGUCAGCAUUUGAGCUUGGUCGUGAACGUCUUAACCGGACGUAUACUACCAAAACGAAUGCAACCAACUCCACCGAGAACUCUUCAGCGACGCAAAGCAGCGCAAGUACCCAGCUGACGAGCCGUAGCAUCAUGUCAGGCUACUCAGCGGGUGGUUUCAGCGCUACGAGUGCUGGCAGCCUUGCCCGUCGAAAGUUUGGUUUGGGGAGUCAAAAAGAGCGCAGAGACCAUACGCACAGCAAGUCCACAGGUGAUAUGAACUCCAGCGCAAGACGUAUGGUAGCGAGCGAGAGUUCUGCGUCUGGCCCAAGCUAUCACGAGAGCCAUAGCUCGCAAAUCCAGGCACCUGUCACUCCUGUGGCUGACUGGGCGAAGGAUCCGAUGGAAAAUGCAGGCGUGCUUGGUGGCUUGAGUUCACCUCAGGCGGCGAAGAGGAGUGGUUUCUUCAAGAGAAUGAUUCAGACUGCGAAAACAACAGCGAGAACCGGUGCUGCGAAUGCGAGGUCUACCAUUGGAAAUGCCAGCCAAAGCCGACCUGGCAGUCGAGCAGGUGGACGCCCUGAAAGUCGUUCAGGAAGUCCCACAAAGAUGUUUGGUAGCAAUGGUCCCACGUCUAUUGCCGGCGGAACAGCUGCAAGGCCGCAAACCGCACCUGGUGGAGCGGCAAGAGAUAUGGGUCUUGGUGGAGGCAAUGAGUGGAUGCAAGUGCGCCGCGACAUCAAUCGUUCGAAUUCCCUGAGCCAGCGCGAACGAGAUGAUCGGGCAGAACGGUGUGAGAUGCUUGAUUAUCCUGUGCUGCGACCUAUCGAUCAGUUGCUGGAGAUUGUCGAAGGCGAUGAGAGUCUCGACGGUCUACCUGUCAGUGAGCCAACGGACUUCAAUCUGCCAAACCUGGCGCUAGUCGACAAGAGCACACGCUUUAUUCAGAAUGUGCCGCCGAUGGUCAGUGCGAAUUCUCUGGCACAGAGCUAUGUCUGCAGACCUCACAGGAGUGAUGUUCAGCGAUUGCGUGCAAUCUUUACCUGGGUUGCUGAGCGAAUCCGGUGGGAAGAGGAUUUCGAGGGUGAACUUGACACGCGCAGGACGAUCCAGACCAAGCGUGGUUGCAGUGAAGAGAUUGCGUUGUUGAUCAGGGAUAUGUGUGUUGCGGUGGGCCUGCACGCUGAGAUCGUUCGUGGAUACCUCAAAGGACCUGGCGAAAUCGUGGAGCUCGAGUCGCUAGCCCAACCGAAUCACUGGUGGAAUGCGGUCAUUGUCGAUGGCGAAUGGCGGAUGAUGGAUUGUGCUCUUGCCAGUCCUACGCAUCCCAAGAGAAGUGCUUACAGUACAGCCAGCAGCCAAGUGGCAGAGUCGUGGUACUUCCUCGCCCGGCCGAUGGAGAUCUGCUACACUCACAUCCCUCUUUUGCCAGAGCAGCAGCAUCUCGUGCCUCCAGUAGAGCAUGAGAUCUUGAUUGCGCUGCCUUGUGCGUGUCCGGCGUAUUUCAGAAAUGGUGUUGAGAUGUCCAACUUCGACACGAGCAUGCUGUACCUGGAGCGGCUCGAGAUGGCUCACCUGCACAUCAACGUUCCUGAAGAUGUCGAAUGUGUUGCCGAGACGGAAGCUAGGGCUUUCGCUCAGGACGCAGAUGGUGACUUCUUCGAGAGUGGCGACAUUGUCACCAAGCAAGCUUUUGCUCAGGCAGAAUGGGUUGGCGGCCGGAAACGGUUCACUGUCAAGGCGCUUCUGUCAGGCGAUGAAGGUCGUGGUGUGCUCAAAGUCUAUGCUGGGAAAAGGGGCCUGAUGCAUUCUGUCAAAGACAAUCCACAUUCGAUGGCACUCGCCUUGCCACUCUCACACACUGGACAGAACCCGCCCUACGAUUUCCAUACCCGGCACCCAACACCGCACGCCCAGCGUCACGAUCUAUACGUCGCGCAACCGCAGUGUCUCCGCCUGACGAUGAACAACACCUUCGUCUUCUGCGUUCGCCAACACCCCUCCUCCCUCUCGCGCUUCACCCCGGACACCUGGGGCACCGGCACAACAGGCCGCCCUCAAAGCCCCAACCCCCUCGUCCGCCCCACAAGCGCCAUGUCCAUGGUCUCCGUCUCGGCCUCCCAGACCGGCAGCCAAUACUCCGACCCCUCGUCCAACGCCUCCUCCUCAGGCAUGACGGCCGCGCAACAGAAACCCGCCAAACUCGCCAUCCAAUCUCCAAGCCAGAAGAUUAUCCGUCUGACCAGGAAGCAGGAGCAUACGAGUCGCGGAGUCGAGGAGGAGGAUUUCGGCGGGUUGACGACGAGUUGGGAGACGGUUAUCAAGAUUGGGGAGAGGGGGAUUUGGAGGGGUUUAGUGCUUGCGGAUCGUAGUGCGAGGUGGUGUGUGUUUGCGGAGUGGGAGUGUGUAUGA